AUGAUCCGAUACGAUACGACACACACACACGAGAAAAAAGAAAACACAACCCCUCCUCUUAUACUCAACUACCGGUUCCUUCAAACCUAUCUUCAACCUAAUGCUAUCCCUUGUUACAUUUUGACCGUUCCGAUCGGAACAAUCGUUUCCGAAUCGGAACGUGGCUUAAUCACGCCCUGCCCAGUCCACUCGUUACUAUCACCUCUCUCCCCAUCGCCUUGCUUCCCAAUCGAACUCGAUAUCGCUCUUUUGGACCAAUCGAGUCUUCACAACAGCCCCUUCCACUCUUGGCUUCAAAAUCGAUUUCGAUUUUCGAUUUUGGCCAAUCUAGGUUCCCUUUUUGGUUCCAAGACCCUCAAAAUCGAUUUUUGA